GUCCCACGCCUAUGGUGCCCCGCACUCGAUCCCAUGUCCUGCAAUGUUAAUUCUGGACAUGGCCAGACCACUUGCGACCCUUAGGCCGAAUUCAUGCUUGCAUAAAUGCAGUCCGAUCCACUCAACUCCCUGCUUCCCGACGAUUAAGAGUCGCAACACUCAUCCACGCCGACAUUAUGGGAUCCUCCAACACAGACGGCACUCGAGAAGAGCUCCUAAAAGCCGCGGCCGAGCUGAAGGCAGCCAUUGACGAGUUCGUUGCCGCCGACGUUUCGGAUGGCGAUGUCCAGUUCGACCAGCUACGGAAGGCCAACAUUAUGGAUGCAACCCACCGCAUCCAGCUGCUCGUCAAGGACCCAGCCGAUGUAUGGAUGGACCAGGUCAAUGCAAUCACUGGCAUCACGGUCAAGCGCCUGUUCUCUGAAUGGGGCGCAUUUGAUGCUAUUCCAGACGAGGGAUCCAUCCCUUAUUCCGAAUUGGCCAAAGCUGUGGAUACCGAGGAGGCACUGCUGGUGCGCGUCGGCGGUGUUCUCACGUCGUCUGGUUUCCUCGAGGCGGUUGGAACGAACGAGGUGGCUCACACGAGACUGUCUCGUAUCUUUACCCACAAUGACCGCAGAGGAAACCUUUUCAACGUCGGCUGGGAUAACUGCAUCGUCCCUUACGCGGCUAUGCCCAAGUACUUUGAAUCGUACGGCCGCAACGAGCCGAAGACGUCGAACCACACACCCCACAGCGUCGCCUACGGCCAGCCCGAGCUGGACUUUUACCAGAUUCUCGAACGCGACCCCAAGCGCCUGGCCAGCUGGGUGCCGGGAAUGGCGGCUGUCGAGGAGCGCAUGCCCAUCUCCGGCGUCUACGACUUUGGCUGGGUCGUCGACCUGGCGAAACAAGACGGUGACAAGGCGCAGCAGCGGCCACUCUUCGUCGACGUCGGUGGCGGAAAGGGUCAAGCUAUCAAGGCCAUCCGCGCCGAGUUUCCGGGACUGCCGGCCGAACGCUGUGUGCUGCAGGACCGCGUCGAAGUCAUCGAUGCCGCAAACGCACUGGGCGAGCCUGAGCUGCGUGGCGUCAGCAAGAUGGCCAUUGACUUUUUCAAGGACCAGCCUCUCAAGGGCGCCCUCAUCUACUGGAUUCGUCGCUGCCUGCACAAUCACCCGGACGACGUGUGCAUCCCCAUCCUCAAGAAUCUCAUCGAGGCGGCCGCCGACGACAGCCGCAUUCUGAUCAUGGAGGACAUUCUCGACACCCCGCCCUCAACCAUGGCAGCCAUCAUGGAUGUCAUGAUGAUGAGCCUGGGUGGAAAGCAGCGCACGCUCAAGAUGUGGGAGAAGAUGCUAGCCGCUAUCGGCCUCAAGAUCAAUUCGAUAUCGCAUGCAAAGGGGCCAUGGAAGUCGCUGGCUGUUAUUGAAUGCGUCAAGGUGUGAGAGUGUGCAAGAGGAAUUUAAGUGUCUGUUUAGCUGCUUCUCGUGGAUUUCUAAGCUGAACGGGCGCAACGGGUGAUAUUACGACUAACGAGUAACGACGGUAUUCGACCAUUUCUGUGCGUUACCAUUCUUGGAUAGGCGCUUGCAAUAGUUCAGAUAGUAGCCCCAUUGAAUGCAAUGAUGGGAGCUGUUCUUGAAUCAUCAGUCCGA